AUGUCAUUUGGUCGCAAAUGGCCUGAAAUUCAAAUAACCAAUAAUAGAACAGAACAGAACAUGAAUAAUAAUAAUAUUAUUAAAAACAACGAGGCAAAUUUGAGCGAAAAGAAUGACGUUGAAAAUGCUCUGAAAGAGCUUUUACAGCAAUUCUCUUCAAUCACACAACCUGGUGGAAAAAAUGAACACUUAUUAAAAUGUGUUCAACAUUGGUUUUCUCAACACAAAGAAUUCACCGAAACUCAAGUCUUUGAGCACCUAGAACGAGUCGCUUACAGAAAUUACGAUUACGCAUGUUUACUGGGCUUUUUUUAUGAGGAAUCAUUCGGAACUAUAAGCGACCCACAACAAGCAUUCAUAUGGUAUCUACGAGCUGCUGAACACAAUGACUCAUUGGGUCAAAAUCAAGUUGGAGAUAAAUUUCUGAAUGGUUAUGGGACCGAAAUGAGUCAUGAGAAAGCUUUCUAUUGGUAUCAAAAAGCGUUGGAUAAUAAUUGUAGCAGUGCUAAACAUAACCUCGGAAUCUGUUAUCGGUUUGGAAUUCACGUAAAGAAAAAUGAUAGACAUGCACUUUAUUGGUACUCUAAAAGUGCGGAGAUGGGUGACGAAUUAGGAAAGCGUGCUUUAGCAAAUGCAUAUUUGAAUGGUAUAGGGACGAAUGCUGAUACUCAUAAGAGCUUAAAGUUGCUGUUUCUGCAAGCAAAAAAUUUGGGACGCGUGCAUUCUAUCGAUAAAACUCUUCUUAAAAUUUUCCAUCACCAUUAA